AUGUACCAGCCCAGCGAUAGGAGAACCUUCGACCACGCCCCGCGUGGGCGAAGGUUCCUCAGUUGGUGGGUUGCUGGUUCCGCGUGUCCCCUCUAUCUCUCCUUAACUCCUGCCUGCCUGUAUUUCCCUGUGUCAAGCAGCUGACAUCCCAAACAGGAAGGUCCAAUACGCCAACCUUUAGAAUUGUAUCUGGAGGGAGUCUCUAGACUCUAAAGGCGGACUUUUGGAAUAAACGCACAAAAAGCUCUUUUUGAAAUAUUAUAAUUAAUCAAUCAUUUCCAGGUACGGAAAGGUACACUGAAACUGAAGAGCGGCGAGCAGGUCGAUGUGGCUGUUAAAGUGGUGAGAUAUUCUUACAUCGAAAUUGAUUUUUAUCUCUUUGAUUGCUCCAGGCAAAGCUGGAGACGUUGACGAAAGAACAGAUCAAGGAAAUAAUGCGGGAAGCGCGGCUGAUGCGGGACUUCAAUCACAAGAACAUUGUCAAGUUUUACGGGGUCGCCGCCGGACAAGAACCUUUGAUGGUGGUCAUGGAGCUGGUGAAAAGAGAUUUUAGAAUCCUGGAGGAUUUUACUAUUUCCAGGCCACUGGCGGUAGUUUGGACAGUUUUCUGAAGAAAAAGAACACGCCUACGUCGACCAAGUGUGAUUUUGUCUGGCAGGUAUCGUGAGAAAUUUUAUUUUUAGGAAACAAAAUUUAUUUUGAAGUGUGAAUUCGAAGAGAAAUCUCAGAAAGAAAUUGAUAAUUUCUUCAAAAUUAACCAGUAUGCUUCUUGAUGUACUAGAUGAAGUUUCUGAAAAUGCGAAAGACCCGGAAAUUACGGACUAAACUUUGAAAAAUUGCCUAUUUUAGCUUUGAGGUAUCAUUUUUUUCGAAAAAUAGAAAGUUUAAAUGUUGUGAAUUUUGGAAUAUUUAUUUACCAUGUCGAGAAAAAAAUCUGGCCAGAUUUGAGAAAAAGUCUCAUCCUCAUAGAAAAUUGGCCUUCCUGGUGAGUAAAAUCUAGGGAAAAUGAGGAUUUUUGCGAACAAAAAGCUGUUCCAGCAACUUUGAAUUUUUUUUCAUCUCGAAAAAUUUUCCAGAAUUAAAUUAAAUAUGUUGAUAUUAAAAUAAUAAAAUAUCUCAAAUCACAGGCGGCAAAAGGUCUGGAUUAUCUCCAUUCGGUAACGAUCCUUCACAGAGACAUUGCAGCAAGGAAUUGUCUAAUUGGCGAUGGAGUGGUUAAUUCAAACUCACUAGAAACCUAACAAUAUCCCUUCUUUAUCAGGUGAAGAUAUCCGAUUUUGGAUUGUCGAGACAAGGCACUAUCUACCAAAUGGAUCCCCAAAACCGAGUUCCCAUUCGUUGGCUCGCGCCAGAAACACUGAGAUUAUCGGUCUAUUCGCAGAAAACGGACGUCUUUGCGUUUGGUUUGGAGAUUUUCAACUUGAUAUAGGAUCAACUCCAUGUUUCUCAGGCAUUUUGUGCUGGGAGAUUUUCGAAGACGGCUUGGAGCCAUAUCCCAACAUGACCGUGGCCGAGGUUCAUUGCCGCGUCAAGGAAGGCUAUCGCAUGGACAUCGCUCCUUAUAUUCCUUACGAAAUCGCUAUGUUGAUUGUGAGAUAUUUUACGUUGGGAAAUCAAAUCAAAAUAAGACUUUUAUUUCUCACGCACAAUCGACGGAAUAAAUGUAGAAAAAUAUGGAAUGUUCCAAAUUUCUCAUUUUUUUUCCCAUCAGGCUCUCUCGUCUUGAUAAAAAUUAUCAAUAGAACUCAAAAAGAGUUCUUGUUAAUUUUGAUGAAAAUUAAAAAAAUAAAUUUUAGACAGUAUGUAAAUUUCUGUCAGGUUUUUUUGCACAACAAACAGCAUAUCUGACGACUUUUUUUAGAGGCCGGCAAAUUUUAUUUGAAAAAUCGCGAAAUUUUUUUCAUUUUUUUCUGUUUUCAAAGUUCUAUUUACAGCGAAAAUGCUGGCUUACCAAUCCACAAGACCGUCCGUCCAUGAGCGACGUCGACAAGCAAAUGCAGAAAAUAUUGAAAAAUCUACCGAAAAACAUUGACGAAAAGAAGUCGGCGGUGGGCAGGACUUCGAAAAAUGAAAAGUCGGGUGAUGGCGGCAGGGGUCCUCAGGUAAGAUUUCUGUUUUUUUUUCUUGAGAAUAACCGGAAAAAUCUAGGAAUCCACAAAUAUGAAUCCAUUGUCUCCGAAUUCGGGAAGUAGGAACCUGCAACCGUCGAGCAACCAGCAAAAUCCGAAUCGUCGCAAGGUUCGUUUUUUUUUUCAUCAAUAAGAGAGAAUGUCAGAAAUUGAUUAUUUUUCUGAAAACAAAAACUGAAAAUUCGACUUGUCUGAAACUGUGUGAUUAAGCUUCUGACGGGGAAAUACAGCCGAGAAAAACUUGCUGUGAAUGUGAAAGUGAAGAAAGGCCAAGGGCAAGCCCCGGGCGCCAGUAAUCGCAAUAAGAAGAAUAAACGUUGAAUAUUUCGAUUUGAACUUUGGAUCGUACUUUUAUCAAUGGUAUGACCAAUUCAGAACAAGAACAGAUUAUUUUUGUCCCUUUUUCAGGAUUCUUCACUGAUUUCUUACAUUUUUUUCUAUUCAACAAAUCGCACUAUUUUUAACUUGGUUCACGAGAUCGAAAAAGUUUUGAAUAAAUGAUUUUUUUCAUUUUUUGGACUUUUAUUCGCAAAGAAAUGGAAACAGUGAAGAAUUUUGAGAAAACGGGAAGAUUAUUGAAAAUCAGCUUUUUUUCUUUAGUGCAAUACAUUAUUGGAAAAAUUUUGAUAAGAAGUUCGUGAUGUUUAAUUUUGAAAAAGCUAUAAUUUGUUGAUUUUUUUGACCUUCUCUGAAAAAAAGUUCCUUAAAAAUUCAAAAACCAAAAUUUCAAAAAAAUUGAAGUUAGAAUCUUGAAAAAAACUUCAUCAUGGGCAGAGCCUCUACAGUAAUCUUAUCUUUUCUCUUUUUUCAAUACAAAUAUAUCAAAUUAUUACACUAAUCUUGUCAGACUUGUCCCUUUUGUCUCAAAAAUUUCUUUUUUUUUUGAUUAUCUAAUCAUUUUCCAAACCAACGCCGACGGUUGUUCUAUAAAGAUUUUUUUUCUCCUUAACCUUAAUCUCUGAAUUUUUUUCUUGGGUGGAUCAAAAAGUUUCUCUUUCAAGUCCAUUUCAAAGGUACCUUUCCUUCCGAGUCAUUCAAAAAUAAAUUCACUACUCUCACAGGUUAAAAAUAAUUUUGUUGCGUUUUUUUCUGAAACAUUUGGUUCGAAGAAACUGUUAAGUUGAAAUGGAACGAGCUUCUGGGGAUGAAGCAGCGACAGGCGAGAAAUCCUCUUUUCGACGCGGUCCGUUCCAGCGGAAAUGGAGGCGGAAGACCGUCUUCCAUGAGCAUGCCGAUAAGCAGCACCAUGUCCAGGACGACCAAGAGCAAAGCUGUCCGUUAUUUUCUUAUUUUAGAAAUAAGGUUUCAAGAAAUGAAAAGAGACUGAAAGUUUCAAUGUAAAAUGAGCUGAACUGAAAAAUUCAAGGGCGCAAAAAAUCUUUUUCUUCAUGAGAAAUACGUAGGAAACGUCUAGAAGGGCCUUAAGUUUGAAAAAAACUUUUGGAAACUUAUUUUAGCAUUUUUUUAGAAUGCUCCCUUUCAGAAUGAAGAAGUGUAAAUAUAAAUAAGGACGACGGAAAAAAAUUUCAAAAAAAUAGUUAUAAAAACAAAAAAAUUGAUUUUUUUAAGCGCAAAAAUUUUGUGAAGUUGAUUACGCUCCAUUGAUAAUCUGCCUCAAUUUUUCAAAUUAAUCUUUUUUUCAUUUUUUUAUGACCCUUGCUUUGAAAGAAUAAAUUUACACUCUGAAAAACGGAUUUUUUUAAAGUAUUUUUUUCUUCCAGAACUUUUUUUCCGUAUGAAUCGCAGUGUGUUGCCGGAAGAUCGUGUUUUGGUAAUUUAAUUAUUUUUUUCAAAAAAGUCUAUUUUUUUUCUUUUCAGAGGAGUACAACGUUAGCGCCAUUGUCACCAGUGGUAAUUUCAUUUUUUUUUUUAAUAUUUGAAAUAAUAAUCUAUUGAUUGCAUCUGCUUCGAGAAGCUGAAUAAAUUCAGAUCUUCCAAAAUAAAAAGAACAAAUUUCAGCGUGGCGGGAACAUUUUCGACAAGAGAUCAAAGGAGUUUGUGAGCUUGAUUUUUACUUUUUUUCAAAUUACUGAUUCCCAGGAUGAGAAACAACAGAACUCUACUGACAAACAGAACUCUAAUGAAAUAACGCCGAAGAAUAGUCAGUAG